AUGGACAUUGCAGCUAACAAACUACAACCUCAUAAGUAUUACGCAAUUGCGCUUGGAUCCUUGCUUAUCCUCCUGCUGAGCUGGAAUUUAGCCGCCGCUCUUGGUCAUCACGGACGCCCCAUCCUUGCGCUCGCGCGAAAGUGCCUGAGUCAGACCCUGAUAUCCGUGCGCUUAAACGGCUCUUCGGAUGUGUCUGUGGCGGCAGGCCUUUUGAUAGCCGCGCUGGCUGCAGCUAACAUCCUCGCCUGCGUCAUCUUCGUGAAAGACGUUCCCACGCUUGCGCAACGCUCAGGUACACUUGCUUUGAUCAAUCUCGUGCCUCUGUAUCUGGGUGGAUCUCGUAGCCUCUGGAUCAACAUCGCAUGUGGCGUUUCACACCCGGUACAUGGCUUCGCUCACCGCUGGAUCGGGCGCAUCUGCCUCGCACUCGCCAUCAGCCAUGGUUUGGCGAGACUGUCAAUGCUGGAAUGGAAAGCAACGUAUAUGCACGUCAUUCUCAUGGUAUUGCUGUGUUUACUUGGUACCGCGUCGACCAUUCUUUUGCGACGUCGAUUUUACGAGGUGUUCGUGAAGUCUCACGUGGCGCUGAGCGCAGGCCUCCAAAUCUGCUUAUGGUUGCAUAUAUCGAAGGGAAAGAAUUUCGAAACCCUCUGUCUAGGCCUCGCUGCUCUUCUUUGGUCGAUACACUAUGCAUUCUGGGUUGCACGUCUAGCCAUUCGCAACCUAGGUGGACGGACAGUACCUCCUGGUUCUAUCGUUGCACUUACGGACCAAGGUGGAUCAGUGAAAGCUCUCGCCUUGAAGAUCAGCUUGAGAAGACCCUGGAGACUGAGCCAUGGCCAGUACAUAUACAUCACAAUCCCCAGUGUGCCUAGGACUGUAGGCUCAGCUGUCCAGUCUCAUCCAUACAUGAUUGCGUGGGCGCCCGAAGUCGCCGACAAAAUAACCACGGAGCUUCACCUGCUUGUUCAAUGUCAACGUGGGUUCAGCGAUGUGCUACGACUAGCCAGGGCUACUGCUACGAUCUGGAUCGACGGACCAUAUGGGCGGGGACCAAAGCUAGACGACUUCGACAAAGUCCUCUUCUUGGCUAGUGGGGCCGGCGUAGCUGCUCAUCUCCUUGCUAUUCGUCAUCUCUUACAAGGGCACAAUGCUCGCACAGCGCAGGUCCGGAGACUAUCUCUCCUUUGGGUCCUCGAAAGCGAAGGUCUGUUCUACAAUCUGUUUUGCAUGGAAUGCAGCUAA